AUGUCACAGGGGAAGGGGACAGAGGUGGAGAACCCAGAGCCACUCUACGCCGAGAGCUAUGCAGCAGUGGCCAUGGCUGCAGACAUGGACCCCUGGAUCGUAUUUGACUCCCACAUAACACCCAGAGCAAAGUUUGACGGCUGGCUGGAGACCAACAGGACAACUGUCCUGCCACUGGGGACAUCACUGGACUACAGGAGAGCUGGGAGAGGCUGUUGGACAGCGGGAGACCUGUCACCUUCCAGACUGUGA